CUUUUCUUCGUUACAAUGUCGGGAUUUGACGAUCUUGGAAUCUACUACAGCGAUAGUUUUGGCGGAGAGCAGCCGGUGGGUGACGACGGACAAGCCAAGAAAUCACAACUUAAGAAGCGGUUCAGAGAGUUCCUCAGGCAGUACCGUGUAGGGACCGAUCGCACCGGCUUCACCUUCAAAUACAGAGAUGAACUCAAGCGUCACUAUAAUCUGGGAGAAUACUGGAUAGAGGUGGAAAUGGAGGACCUGGCCAGCUUUGAUGAGGACCUUGCAGAUUAUUUGUACAAACAGCCAACUGAACAUCUGCAGCUGCUGGAAGAGGCAGCCCAGGAAGUUGCAGAUGAGGUGACUCGCCCACGACCUGCAGGUGAAGAAACUAUACAGGAAAUCCAAGUUAUGUUGCGGUCUGAUGCCAACCCUGCUAAUAUUCGAAGCCUGAAGUCCGAGCAAAUGUCUCAUCUUGUCAAAAUUCCCGGCAUUAUCAUUGCUGCCACCGCUGUGAGAGCCAAGGCUACGAAGAUCUCAAUCCAGUGUCGUAGCUGCCGAAACACAAUUGGCAACAUAGCUGUGCGUCCUGGUCUAGAGGGAUAUGCUAUGCCACGUAAAUGCAACACGGAACAGGCUGGCCGUCCAAAGUGCCCAUUGGACCCAUACUUUAUUAUACCUGACAAGUGCAAAUGUGUAGAUUUUCAAACUCUGAAGCUUCAGGAGUCUCCAGAUGCUGUACCUCAUGGAGAGCUUCCAAGACACAUGCAGUUGUAUUGUGACAGGUACUUGUGUGAUAAGGUUGUUCCUGGAAACAGAGUGACAAUCAUGGGUAUUUACUCAAUCCGGAAGAGUGGAAAGACCUCAACAAAGGGCCGGGAUCGAGUGGGAGUUGGGAUCCGCAGUUCCUAUAUAAGGGUAGUGGGCAUCCAAGUGGAUACAGAAGGAACAGGAAGAAGUGCAGCAGGUGCUAUAACGCCACAAGAGGAAGAGGAGUUUAGGCGCCUAUCUGCAAAGCCUGAUAUCUAUGAGACUGUUGCUAAAAGUAUUGCCCCCUCCAUUUAUGGCAGUAGUGACAUCAAGAAAGCCAUUGCUUGCCUGCUGUUUGGAGGCUCCCGCAAGAGGCUUCCAGAUGGAUUGACCAGAAGAGGUGAUGUUAAUCUGCUGAUGCUUGGGGAUCCUGGCACAGCUAAAUCACAGCUGCUAAAGUUUGUGGAACGUUGCUCUCCUAUAGGGGUCUAUACUUCUGGGAAAGGCAGCAGUGCAGCUGGCCUCACUGCUUCAGUUAUGCGAGAUCCAGUGUCCCGUAACUUUAUUAUGGAAGGAGGUGCAAUGGUGCUGGCAGAUGGAGGGGUGGUCUGCAUUGAUGAGUUUGAUAAGAUGCGAGAGGAUGACAGAGUUGCUAUUCAUGAAGCCAUGGAACAGCAAACUAUUUCCAUUGCAAAAGCUGGCAUCACUACCACACUAAACUCCAGAUGUUCUGUUUUGGCAGCUGCCAAUUCAGUAUAUGGACGGUGGGAUGACACCAAGGGCGAGGAGAAUAUUGACUUCAUGCCCACCAUUCUUUCUAGGUUCGACAUGAUCUUCAUUGUAAAAGAUGAACACAAUGAGCAGAGAGACAUGACUCUCGCAAAGCAUGUUAUGAAUGUCCAUCUCAGCGCACGUACACAGAGUUCUUCUGUGGAGGGAGAGAUUGACCUUAAUACUCUUAAGAAAUACAUUGCCUACUGCAGAGCAAAAUGUGGUCCCCGGCUUUCAGCUGAAUCAGCAGAAAAGCUGAAGAAUCGAUAUAUUCUUAUGCGCAGCGGAGCUAGAGAUCACGAGAGAGAGACUGAGAAGAGAUCAAGUAUCCCGAUUACAGUCAGACAAUUAGAAGCGAUUGUUCGGAUAUCGGAAUCUCUUGGCAAAAUGAAGCUGCAGCCUUUUGCAACAGAGACUGAUGUAGAGGAAGCACUAAGAUUGUUCCAGGUGUCUACAUUGGAUGCUGCCAUGUCUGGAAGCCUUUCAGGUGUGGAAGGCUUUACUACGCAAGAGGAUCAGGAAAUGCUAUCCCGCAUUGAGAAACAGCUGAAGAGGCGUUUUGCAAUUGGUUCACAGGUGUCUGAGCACAGUAUUAUUCAAGAUUUUCUUAAACAGAAAUACCCUGAGCAUGCCAUCCACAAGGUUCUGCACCUCAUGAUGAGGAGAGGAGAGAUUCAGCAUCGCUUGCAACGCAAAGUCCUUUACCGCAUCAAAUAGAAGUCACAACAGUGCAUGAAACAAGUCACUUUCAGCUCUGCAUUGGAGAUCAUAUUGCCUCUGCAUGGACACCUGUGAACAUAUACUGACACUCUCAGAAUGAGAGUAUUUAAGAAACUGGAUAGAAUAUUCAGCUGUUCAUAGACUGAAAUGUAUUAAAAAAUUUAUAUACAAGGUCAAAUGUGUAAAAUAUUAAAGUAUAAAACUGGUAACUGCAGCGAAAUAUACUAAAGUUGAUGUAGUUGCAUAUUUCAGUGCCUCACAGCAAAUUCUUUGUUCUAAUGAAUCAGUAUAUAGAGAAUUAUAUACAAAGUGCAUUAAUUGCCUUUUGAUCAUAUGGGACAGCAAAUGAAGGACCAGAACCAGUUAAUUCAGUAACUAGACUAUGCAUAAUGAACAAUUGUACUUUUUUUAUGGGCAGUAUUUCUAGGAAACAUUGCAGACCCAGGCAGCAUUAGGUGUUGUGUGUAAACUAAUGCCUUAAAUUGCCCAAUUCCAGAAUAUUACCAUGGUCCUCUUGUACAGUGGAGUCAAUGGAAAAUUUAAGCAGAGCUAGAAAUAUAACUAUUUGGACUGAUUUCUUAUCUUGUACACAUAAACUUGGACAAAAGAUAAGGAUGCCCAAAAAGAUGUUUGUUUUUGGUUUUUUUAUUCCUGAUGUGUAGCUUUCCUUCAUGCAAGCUUAGGUGUGUAGAAAUGUAUUCUGUUUAUGGUCAUGUCUUUUUGGAGGUUUUUUGUACAUAAUAUAAAAAUUAAAUACAA